GGCGCCGGUGAGUGCGGAGCGCCGGGAGCGCCGGGAGCCGGGAACGAUCCCUGCCCCUCAUCCCGCCUCGCCCUGCCCUCCGCCCCGCUCCGCACGGCCACGCCUGCCUGGCCACGCCGGUAGCCGGGGCCUCACGGCAGCAUCACCGGGCCACCGGCGGGGCCGGGCAGGACGGAGCUCCGCUGACCCCCGGGACCGCCGGUGCAGCGGGCGCAGGGUUACGUCAUUUGUGUUGCUCAAUGUCACAUUCCUCUCAGACUCCAGAGAGUGGAUUUAAACUGUAUUUGAAGCAGCCAGAACAGAACCUGGUAGCAGUCAACUGGAAAUUGAUAUUCUGCUUUUCCACAGGGCUAGGAGUCUUCAGGAUAGCAUAAAAUAAAAAGCAAAACUGGUCCCUGGCGAGGAGGCAGCCAUGGUGUGCAUUCCCUGCAUCGUGAUCCCUGUUCUGCUCUGGGUCUACAAGAAGUUUGUGGAGCCCUACAUCUACCCCAUGAUUGCCCCCUUCAUCAAGCGCUUCUGGCCCAAGAGGGCCGUGCAGGAGCCACCAGGCACCAAGCAGGGGCCAGGAGGCAGCACUGGGGACCCUCGGGGACCUGCCAGGGGAGGCCAGGAGGAUGGAUCUGCAAGCCUUGAAUUGGAAAGCAAUGGCAUUGCAAAUGGAAGUGCUGCAAAGAGAUCCACUGCAGUAUAUGACAAGAAAACGGCUUGAAGGAGUUCAUUCCUAAGGAUUUUAAUCCCUCAUGUCCAUUAUGAACUGCUGAUAUUCCUCUCAAUUUGAGACUUUUCUUCUCUGCACAUUUUAGCUGAAUAAAAAACUUAAUUGCUUGCAGGAUAGUCUCUUUUGCCACUAAAAUGGCAGCUGGCGCAUUGUUUAUUUAAAAUAUUUGAAAGCUGAUAUUCUUGUAUUUUUCUUGCUGGAACUACUUUUCAUCUGUCAUCUGUUUGGUGUGAUUAGAGUUUAGGUUAAAUAAUGUAAGAAUAAAUUGUCUGUGGAAGGUAAAUGUACCUUAGCAUCUUGAUGUCACUAAGUGCUAGUGCAGUACUUGAGGCUUUCACCUUAAAGGCUUUAUCUGUUCUUGAUGAAGAACUGUUUACUGCAUUGUGACAAAAAAAAGCUCAUAAUUUAUCUAUGAAGAGUUUAGAUUUUUUCAUGUCAAGUCUAUGGGUGAGCUAGAGCAGUUGUGCUACAUACAAAAUUUAUUUAGCUUACUAAAAGCAGAAAAUCUUGAUGUGAUACUUCCCUUAAUUAUUUUUCUUGAAAUAUUAUGCCUUUUUUUUUUUCCUGAGGCAUGAUGCAAGAGGCAUGUUGCUUUAUGUUCUGUUGUAGUGAUUUAUAAUGGCACAGUUUUGGCUUUAAAAAAAAAACCCAGCAUCCAACUAAAACCUCUUGCUUGUGGAAUUUUCAUUAUAAUAAACUGAGAUUUUACUUAAAAAUAA